AUGGCAGCGCCGCGUGACGUCAUGAUGUCACCUCGCGCAACCCGACGCGAAGCAUCAUCAAAAAGUCGUGGCUGGCUGCGCAUCUUUGGUCUGGGCCCUGACUCUCGGCCUCUCAAAGGCGGAGCCACAUCGAAGAAAAUGCAGGCUCGAGCUGCCAUCACGAGCUGCCACUACUGUACUACGCUCGAGUCGACGCUCAAGCUCCGCACGCAGUCACGACAAAGCGACCAUCGACAGACAAGCAUGGCAUGGAGCUGCAGCGGACUCAUUUGGGCAACAAUUGACCGGCCAGCCCACGAGCCCAACCACCAACGCGCAGAGCUGGCCAUGCCGAGUGGAUGCCGACCGUGCUCUCCUGGCUUGACCGAGACCGAAACAAUGACCAAAAAGUGGGGCCACGACGGUGCCGAAAAGAAAGAAGAAGAGGUCAAUCAUGAAGUGAAUGGCUGGCUGGCUGGCUGGCUGGCGGGGCCGAGCCGGACAUUGGACCCCGCUGCAGCUCCAAAUUCAUGGCUCCUCUCGAGCUGCUUUUUUGCCCUCGAGCAGCUGCGACCAGCUGCAUCUGCACGCACCGCAAGUCGACGCGCUGAAUUUGGGCCCAAAUCGACGCUCCCGGGUCCGAUCCCCGCUGCGGGCGUCACUCCACUUGGAGCAGCAGCAGCGCAGCGAGCGGGCGAGCGACCGAAUGCACCUCACCUCCUCUUGGCCGCAUCACCUCUGGCUCGCCUCGGGUCACAGCGUCCUCUUGUGGUCAUUUUUGGAAAGGCCUGCGUGGCUACUGCAACUUCCUGUACUCUGGAUUCGGUCAGUCGUGCUCCCCCCGACGCACUCUUUGGCACUCCCGCACGCACUCUUCCACGGCCCUCCCGCGCUCGACUGCUGGGCUGCUGCUGUUCCGUCAUUCGAGCCAGUCUGCUCGCUCCGCUCCACUUGACGUCUUCCUCACCGCCUCCCACUUCCCUACCUCCUCAUCUCAACCUCACCUCGACCUCGUUCACUUGCUUGGACGCCAAAUUCUACCUGUCAUCGCACUGUCAUCGCAUUGCCAUCGACAAUCGGCAUUUCGACUGGCAUUUCAGCUUCGCUGCACAUCUGCAAGUAGCACCACGUACGCUGCUAUCUGGCCCACACACAUUGGGGUCCGUUCUCCGACUCGCCUCGACAUCAUCCAGUCUUGGCCGGCUCGCACUCGAUUCGCGCAUUCCAGUCUCGGCACACACGCCGCCAUCCUCAGCGUCACCGGCAUACGCCUGA